CUGUGAGGCGCAGUGCAGCCCACGAGAUAGGAUCCUUGUCGGCCACCGUCUCCGGGUUCCCUUCGAAUUCCUUUUUUUUUUUUCCUUGUGUUUCCUGGCUCUUCGGGAUCUCAAGCCUGAAGCCAGAGAAUAGGUAGUUGAUGCUUCGGGGCUGCGCGCCCGCGGAAGCGUAACCUCGUGGUACCAUCUGCUGAGGAAAGCAAAGGAAACCUAGGAAGCCUAGCCACGCACAUGCGGCGUACUUGGGUGUUCUGAUUUGGAGCUAACUCAUUACCAGCGCGUACAUUCUGUGGAGAAGUCUCGCGUGUACUCCCUGCCAUGGCACAGCUCCAGGCACGUUUCUACACUGACAACAAGAAAUAUGCAGUAGAUGAUGUUCCCUUCUCAAUCCCUGCCACCUCAGAAAUUGCUGAGCUUAGUAACAUCAUCAAUAAAUUGUUGGAGGCCAAAAAUGAGUUACACAAACAUGUGGAGUUUGAUUUCCUUAUCAAGGGCCAGUUUCUGCGAAUGCCCUUGGUCAAACACAUGGAACUGGAGACUAUUUCAUCGGAAGAGGUUGUGGAACUGGAAUAUGUAGAGAAAUACACUGCACCCCAGCCAGAGCAGUGCAUGCUCCAUGAUGACUGGAUCAGUUCAAUCAAAGGCGCAGAAGAAUGGAUCUUGUCUGGGUCUUAUGAUAAGACCUCUCGGAUCUGGUCCUUGGAAGGAAAGUCAAUAAUGACAAUUGUGGGCCAUACAGAUGUUGUGAAAGAUGUGGCUUGGGUAAAAAAAGACAGUUUAUCUUGCUUACUACUGAGUGCCUCUAUGGAUCAGACUAUUCUCUUAUGGGAGUGGAAUGUAGAGAAGAACAAAGUGAAAGCCCUGCACUGCUGCAGAGGGCAUGCUGGGAGUGUGGAUUCUAUAGCUGUGGAUAGUUCAGGAUCUAAAUUUUGCAGUGGUUCCUGGGAUAAGAUGCUAAAGAUCUGGUCUGCAGUCCCUACAGAUGAAGAAGAUGAAAUGGAGGAAUCCACAAAUCGACCAAGAAAGAAACAAAAGACUGAGCAAUUGGGACUAACAAGGACUCCCUUGAUGACCCUCUCUGGACACACAGAGGCAAUUUCCUCAGUACUUUGGUCAGAUGCUGAAGAAAUCUGCAGUGCAUCUUGGGAUCACACAAUUAGAGUGUGGGAUGCUGAGUCUGGCAGUCUUAAGUCAACUUUGACAGGAAAUAAAGUGUUUAAUUGUAUUUCCUAUUCUCCACUUUGUAAACGUUUGGCAUCUGGAAGCACAGAUAGGCAUAUCAGACUGUGGGAUCCCCGAACAAAAGAUGGUUCUUUGGUGUCGCUGUCCCUCACCUCUCAUACAGGCUGGGUAACAUCAGUAAAGUGGUCUCCUACCCAUGAACAGCAGCUGAUUUCAGGCUCUUUAGAUAACAUUGUCAAGCUGUGGGAUACCAGAAGUUGUAAGGCUCCUCUCUAUGAUCUAGCUGCUCAUGAAGAUAAAGUUCUAAGUGUGGACUGGACAGACACAGGGCUACUUCUGAGUGGAGGAGCAGACAAUAAACUGUAUUCCUACAGAUAUUCACCUACCACUUCCCAUGUGGGGGCUUGAAAAUGCAUAAUUUGAUCAAAGAGACUUUCUUGUUGGGUUUUGUUUUGCUUUUGAGAUAUUCUCUCACUGUUAUGUCAUAAAGACUAUAAAUAAAGUUGGUAGAGAAGGCCAAGGAUGUAGCUCAGUUGGUAGUGUUUGUCUAGCAUGCACCAAGCCCUACACAAAAAUUAGGCAUGGUGGUGUAUCACUCUACUAGCCCUUGGGAGGUUGGAAAGCAGGAGGAUCUGAAGGUCAAGGUCAUCUUUAGAUACAUACCUAGUUCAACACCAGCCUGAGAUAUAUGAAACUGUCUC